CCUCGUCUCGCUCGCAUGCGCCAACACCCAGAUGGCCGGCUUCGCCCCGCUGCGCUGUCGUGCCGAUGCCGCGGGCCACUUCCUCGCACAUGCCGCUGAUCGUGUCGCCUUCUCCUGGCCAGUGCUGCAGCCCUCGCGCGAGGCGCGACGCUUCACGCUGCAGCCUGCGCACCUCGCGGCCGCGGCGGCGCACCAGGAGGGCGCCUGGCUCGUGCUCGACUUUUCCGCGGGCCGGCAUCCGCCCGCCGCAGUGCAGGCAUUCCUGGCUGCCGACAUGCAGGAGGGCGUGGCAUUGAAAGCGGAAGAGCUGGCCAGCGAGGCAUUUGCGCUGCUCUCCGCCGAGGCGCAGGGCCAGCUGGCGCCGCGCGAUCGACACUUGAAGAGGAUGAAGGCGUGGAUUGGGGGGAGGAUGAAGGGAUGGACUGUUAGGGCUUCGUGGUCGGCAAAUUUCCCGAUCGACUUGCAACUGCAGCUGCAUACGCCUCAAAGCAUGCUGGCAGCAGGCGGCACAUCCUGGCAGGCCGAGUCUGCCGCCUCUGCCCACGACGCCGCCGUCGCUGGCAGCUCGUCGUUGGUCUCUUCCAGCAGCAGCCGCAGCAGCAGCAGCAGCAGCAGCAGCAGCAGCAGCAGCAGCAGCAGCAGCAGCAGCAGCAGCAGCGCGGCGCCAAAGACGAGACGACUCAGCGACGCAGAUGCACUGGCUGCAGCCGAGGAUCUGCUCCUUCCUUGCCCCCGGGUGUACCUGCAUCUGCGCGCGACACACACUGGCGUGCCUCUCUCUGCGCCGCGCACUUGGCCGUCGGUGCGCCUCGAGACGCUGGCCGAGCGUCUCUUUGCGCCGCUGGCGCCCGGCGCCCCUGCCGCCGGCGCCGCACAAGGCACAACCGCCGCAGCGCCACGGCCGCCGCCGGCGGUGCCGCUGCUGCUGCUGCUGGAGCGUGCGUGGCUGGGCGGCGUGCUGCCCGGCACGGCGUGCGAUGCGCUGCUGCUGCUCGGCGGCGUGCUGGCGCUGCUUGCGUAUGCAGUGCUGCCGCACGUCAGGCGAUGCGUGGGGCACGAGGUGCGGGCGGUGAGGGCGCAAUUGGCGGACAAGGAGGAAUGAAUGGGCCCAUGCCCCGUUUGCGUCUCUGGCCGCACGGCUUUGCCCCUCGAGACUGUGCUCGUGGCAGCAAGACGGCGCGGAGAGGCAACGCUGUGCCCUUGGGGCAUGGGCAGAUGACUGC